GAGUGAUGUCAGUCUUCAUCUUUCUCGUCUGGCGCUCAGCAUGCAGUCGUUACGGACUCAAUACUGGGCCAGGAGUCGGAAGCAUCUUUUCGAUGGGCUCAAGAAUAUACUCAAAAUGAGCGGUGCUGACGAGCCCUCUCGUGCACCUUACACCCUUUUCUCCUACAACACUGCCGACGACAUCCAAAUGGUAGCGACAGGAUGCGACGCUGACAUUGGUGGAAACUCUACCGUGCAUUUUGACUUGGAUACCUCACCCAUCCACAAUGAAACAAUUGGGAAACCUGCAACUGGACGGUUCUGGGGGAACAUGCGUUUGGAUGUGCAGCCAAAAUAUCAAGGGCGGAUCAGGGGAGGUUAUGCUGCGUUUAGAAACAAAAAACGAAUGAGUUUAUUCGGAGAGAUGUUGGAGAAUAUCGAGUUUCAUGAAUACCUUGCGCUCCGUGUCCGCCUCGGAGGGGAUCCGAGCACUCACAACGCUUAUUUCGUCAACCUGCAAACAAACGGACCCAUUUCUACCGACCUUUGGCAACAUCGGCUUUACUGUAAACGCAAAGAUAACCGUUGGGAAGAUGUCUUCAUUCCAUUCAAGAAUUUCGUGAGGACCAAUAAUGGAGAACUUUCUGAAAUACAGCUCGAAAUGAGCGACAAGUUGCGGAGCGUCGGUAUAUCAAUUCUAGGUGGUAAUAGUGGGUCGACAGGAGACUAUGAACUGGGGAUUGACUCGAUUCGCAUUGUUAACGAGAAGGAUCUGGUAUCAGACUUGGAAGUCGACGCGAACAGUCCUAAUAGUUCAAAAGAAAAAGAUAACUGGAAAGAUCUCUGAGAAUCGCCUAUUUUCUCCCUUCAAUCUUUGUACUCUAUAAUAUCUUAAUCUUCUGUCAAUCCCAUUGACGAGGUGCGGUGCAAAACAAACUGCAUCAAGACGAGAAGACGAUACGAGGAUUUACAUCCCUUCUUUAUUCCGUACGUUGGAAGAGUACGUUGGAAGAGUCCGUUUCCUGCCUUGGUUAGCUCAAUAGGUG